AUGUCCGUGUCGAUCAACAUCGUCCCCUCGUCUUCGCGCCUGCACAUGUUUGGCGACCCAGAUCCUCUCUCUGCAUACUCUCUAUCAGGACACGUUUCCAUCUCGCUCUCAUCGCCCUACUCCUUUUUUUCCACCCGCCGCACCGCCCGAGUCCUCCUGGAAUCCGUCUCCCUGACGUUUGAAGGCCAAUCAGAAAUCAACACACCUGAAACCGGGUAUGCCGCCAUCCGCCUCUGCUCUGUCUCUCGCGACGUUGCGCCUUCCGAGCCCAUGGAACUGACAAACCAUGGCCACGAAGACGAUACCUGCCAAUGGAACGUCAUCUUCAACCUUCCCAUCCCAGGCUGGCUACCAGCGACUAGUACCCUCGGAUUGGAAGAACUCGGUGUUCGGUAUGCGCUAUACGCUACUGCAAAAUUCAUCAUGCUAGAUUCGGAGGACAACCACCGCCAUUCAUGGAGCUUAGCAACGCUUUGUGCGCCUUUUCGCUCGCGUGUUAGAUCCGUAGACGCCAGCACCCCCAUCAAACUCGACCGCUUCAUCUCGCCUGACCCCCAUCCCCCUCCGAUGACGAACUACCUCGUGAACCCGACGCCGAAGGAUAGCCCACGCAUUCCCCGAGAGGUAUUGUCAAAGAUACAAGUUUUAGCGUCGGUGCCAGAGUUUGUGAACAUCCAAGACACAUCGGUACCAAUAACGCUCCGCAUGCGCACCAGAGAUCUAACAGGGGACGAAUGCAAACGACUACAAAUUGCCAACCUAUCCAUCAACAUCAUCCAACACGAAAAAUUCCGCAUCCGCCCCUCCCCUGCAUACUUGACGUCCUUCCCACUACCCCCUGCUCCCAUGCAACCACCCAACCUCCCCCUUCGUGACCCACACCCUAUAAGCACGCUCUACGAUCUCUCCAUCCUCCAUGCCUCUUCUUCUGGCAACGCAGAAGCCAUCACCCGGUCCUUUUCUCUCCUUCCUCGCGGUGACGAUGGUACCUAUAAGCUCUCCUCAGACAACUACGCCUUCAUUGACGACUUUAAACUAUCCUCCGACGCAACACCGACGUGGUACACCAUGGAAACACAUGUCCCCUUUGCUCAACUGAGCUCAGCGAGCGUGGAUGAGGAACAGGAAUCGUGGGCAGGCGAGCCCGUCAUUAGGGAGAGCGCGGCCGGGGCGCUUUGGGUCGUGUGGCACGAUUUGAAGGUGGAUGUGACGUUCUUGUAUGAUUUGGAUGGUGGGGAGAAGGCGAGAGAGACGUUGGGGUUUUCAGUCCCACUUAGGUUUGGAAGGGAGGCGCCUUUGCGUUCGCUCGAUUCGACAACGACACCUCUAUCUCCGCCCUCACUUUCACAUCUCAAAGCAACACUCCCGCCGUACUCGCAGCUCUACGACUCGAAUGGCGAUCGGAAGAUUGAUUAUUCAGUCCCGCUGCCGCUUUAUACGCCCCCAAAGUUGCCUCUUUAUCAGACGGCGGAGGGGGAGAGGGAUUGGAAGGAUGGGUUGCGGGCAGCUUUAUGA